AUGAGAUGUGCGACGUUCGUGAGGUGCGCCGUGUGUACGUGCGUCCCUUUUGUGGGUCAGUUAUGUGAAGUGUUCGGGAGUGGAAUAGGGGACUGAGGAUCAAAUGAUCGAAACAAGUGGUGGUGUGGUGUCGAUAACCGUGCUUACAUAUUUGGUGUGAUUGGCAUUGCCCGGCGGUCGGGGCCGGAUUAUUCUGGACGCCAGCAGUGCUACUCCUUGACGGGUGCGAGCAGCAGCCAUGGACCCGCCGGACGAGACGCUGCAGUUCCAGUUCCAAUGCGGUCUGGACCGCGGCUACGUCACCGUCGAGACGGCUGGUCUUACGCUCAAGACGCUGAAGGACCACGCGUUCGACUACCUGCUGCGCAAGCGGCCCGACAAUGGCAUCCAGCGCCUGCCGGAGAACCUGCUGCUGUUCCGGCACGACGCCGCCGUGCCGAACGUGCUGCAGCUCAUCAACUCGGUGACGGACGUCACCUCCAACGCGCUGGUCGAGAUCGUGCUCAGCGCGAGCAUCACGCAGCAGGCGGCGCCGGACGUGAGGCCGCACGCGCUCUUCAUCCACUCCUACAAGUCGCCCACGUUCUGCGACAACUGCGGCGAGAUGCUGUUCGGCCUCGUCCGGCAGGGCCUCAAGUGUGAAGGCUGCAGCAAAAACUUCCAUAAGCGUUGCGCCAUCAACGUGCCGAAUAACUGCGUGCCUCGGGAGCGACGGCGCAAGUCGUCGUCGACGCACCUGCCCCAGUCGUCGUCCGUCACAUCGCUCAUCUCGCAGGCGUCCGAGGACUCGCAGGGCAUGGCCUCGUCGAUGCUGAACGGCAGCACCAAGUCGCGCUCGCCGUCGCUGUCGGGCCGGCCGGCCUGGGCCGAGCGCGAGAUCGCCGGCCGGAUCCGGAUCCCGCACACCUUCGUCGUGCACUCGUACAAAAAGCCCACCAAGUGCAUGCUGUGCAACAAGCUGCUGGUCGGCGUCUACAAGCAGCACUGCGACCUCAAGCCGGAGAACGUGCUGCUCGCCUCCAAGGAGGAGUUCCCGCAGAUCAAGAUCUGCGACUUCGGCUACGCCAAGAUCAUCGGCGAGCGUUCGUUCCGCCGUUCGGUGGUGGGCACGCCGGCGUACCUCGCGCCCGAGGUGCUGCGCAACAAGGGCUACAACCGGUCGCUGGACAUGUGGUCGGUGGGCAUCAUCAUCUACGUGAGCCUCAGCGGCACGUUCCCCUUCCACGACGACGAGGACAUCAACGACCAGAUCCAGAACGCGGCCUUCAUGUUCCCGCCCAACCCGUGGAAGAACAUCAGCCAGGAGGCCAUCGAUCUCAUCAGCUGUCUGCUGCGCGUGAAGGCUCAACGCCGCUACACGGUCGACAAGAGUCUGAUGCACGUCUGGCUACAGGACUUUGAGUGCUGGACGGACCUGCGGGUGCUGGAGCAGCGGCUGCGCUGUCGCUACCUGACGCACGAGUCGGACGACGCCCGCUGGCAGGCCUAUCAGCGGCAGCGGACGGCCGCCGCCGCCGCCCGCAACUGAC